AUGUAUUUUUCUCUUUUUCUUUGCCUCGAGGACGAGCGCAAGGCUCUUGAGGCUGAAGAACUGAGCAGGCCAAAUAUCAACGAAGGCAAAAUAGCUUUAACGAGUAAACGGAAAGUACUGACAUUUGCAUUUGUGAUCUUGGAGUUAGAAGCAUUUAAGGCCUUGAGUGGCUCAUGUCUCUGCGAAGACCUUCCUGUGACCAUCGUGAGGAGCAGCCAAGUGAACCCCGACGAGAACGGCGCCCACAGCUCCAACUUCGAGGCCGAGAACGGCAUCGUGUUCCAGUUCUCUGGCAAAGAGGCUGAAGAGGGUGGCGCCAACAUGGUCGGAUACUUCACCUACCCCCAGGAGGACGGCUCUCUGGCCAAAGUCAAGUUCGUGGCCGACGAGAACGGCUUCCAGCCCGAGUCGUCGCUCCUGCCCGUGGCCCCCGCCUUCCCCCACCCCAACCCCCAGUUCGUCCUCGACCAGAUCGAGUUCGCCCGCCUCGAGGACGAGCGCAAGGCUCUUGAGGAUGAAGAGUAA